CAAUUUUUGCCUCAACUAGAGAAGAAGUAAAGUCAAGUCAUUCAGAAACACUACGAGUACUCCAUGAACAUCGCCAUGGACUCCUAUUACUUCCGCUCUAUCGUAUCUUUUCUCCUCCUCGCUUCAACCGCAUCUUCCCUUUCAUUUCCAAACCCUUCUCUCCUCGGCAUUCAUCCUCUAGAUGUGAAAUAUUAUAGCUCUGAAUUCAUCAAAUGCAAGGAUGGAUCAAAAUCCUUCUCUAGAGACCGUCUCAAUGACAAUUUCUGUGAUUGCCCUGAUGGCACUGAUGAACCUGGAACUUCAGCUUGUUCAGCUGGAAAGUUUUAUUGCAGAAACCUAGGAAGCAAGCCACUGUUUAUAGUUUCUUCCCACGUUAAUGAUCGGUUUUGUGAUUGUUGUGACGGGAGUGAUGAGUACGAUGGAAUUGUUCGUUGUCCAAACGCAUGUGUCAUGGGUGGAAACACAGAGAACAUGUAUGGUAAUUAUAAUUCAAAGGUAAGCAAUCUGGAUGUUUUUGCUGAAAAAGAAACAGAACAUGGAGUGAAGUCGGAGGAGUCGGCUCAUAGCCUUAGUGGUUUGAAGCUGGCAGUUAUUCUACAAGUGGCUCUAGUUGCUUUUUUGGUAAUUCUAUGGAGUUUCCGUUGCCACACCAGAUAUAGGAGGAGGCGUUCCCGCUGAAUUCAAAGAGACCUUGGUGUUUACAUGAUUUUGAAAUGUGGUUUCAUGUUCAUUAUGGUGCUAGGUACUCCAAAACUAUAUAGAACUUUCAGUAAUGGUGAUUGGAUAAACAACAUAAUGUAUAUUUUCUUCUUCAUUCACACCCAUUUUUGAACCAUUGUCCUUCAGUUGUUCAUUAUCUUCAAAACCUUGAGCGCCGUUAGAGUUCAAGCAGAAAUAAUAAACUAUGAGAAAAUUCCCAACUUUGUCAAUGUCAAUUAUUUGUAGUUAUGCAAAAUAUCAAAUCCCUUUUUUCAUCCUCUCCAUAAUCCAAGAGAGAAAAUUAUUUGUGAAAUGCUGCAGUAUUAGUACCUCUCAAACCUCACUGUAAACCCCACUGAGCCUAUUCCUACAUACUCUACGUUUUGGUCAUUUUCAAGUUUCACAAGCCCGUAUUAUGUACUCCUCUAGUAUGCUUGGUUGGUUGUAGCCGAAACACUUGCCCCAUUCUAUAUCUAAUAUUUGCCGGAGAAGCAAACUAUUGGAUAUCUUGACUGAAGGACUUGUAAUUUUCUUACUAUCUCAUCUUUGUACCAUCGAUCAGCUGUCUGAUGCUGUCAAACUCCUGAACGGCACGGGUAGAGCUGGAUGUGUUCCUGCUUUAGAGAAUUAUACAACACUGUUUUAGGUGAUUCACAAGGACAUUUUGAGGCGCCCCCCAGAUUUGAUGAAGCAAAUGGUGAAAUCUAGGGUCAGCCCUGAGACGAGGAACCAUUAUGAAAUUAUUGGCAGAGCUACGGUCUAAAUGGGAAAUAUGGAAAGCUUGACAGAAUUCAUUUCCUGGAGAUAGUCUUAUCCAGUCGGAUUUAAACUAUGUAGGUUGCAAUGUGUGAUCGAAUGGUUGUUGAUUGCUUGACGAGUGUACCAAAUUGCAACAACAGUAUAGAAAUUAAGAUCAUUGUUUUGUUAUUAA